CGAUAAUGGUGAACACCGGAAGUAUGCGGUUGCUUGUAGCGUAAGAGUUCUAUCAGUGACGGAUACAGAACCAGUAACCUUGCGCCCUAGCCCUUGUCUUCUCCACGAUUCGACAGUUGAGGCAGUCGGGUAGACUCCAGUCUCCAAACAUGUCGAAGUACUUGGAGAAGGUUCAGAAUUUUAGAAAAAUUAUCAAACAAAAUGGAGGAGUGAUGGGCUCGUUGCUUCAGCUGUACAGAACUGAUGAACUGAAAUGGGGAGACUUAGUAGGUGAAGACAAAUACGGAAAUAAAUAUUAUCAAAACAAGUAUUAUUUUGUAGGGAGAAGUCGAUGGGUUAUGUACAAGGAUUCAGCCGGUAUGGAUUAUGAUGGCAGCAUGAUUCCACCAGAAUGGCAUCGCUGGCUUCACUACAUUGGAGAUGAGCCACCUACAAAAGUAGCCCCAGUUACUAGGAAAUGGAUGAUUGAUCACGAAGAGAAUAUGUCUGGAACUCCAGGUCAAUAUGUACCCUACAGCACAACAAGGCCCAAGAUUGAGAGCUGGGUACCCCCACGGUCAAGUCAAUCUUAGCUAACUUUAGAUGACUAUUUAGCCAGCUUUGUUUGGAGUGACCUACAUAAAACUUGGACGUGGAAAAUAUUGGUCGUGUUAAAAGAGUGCUUUUAUCUACUUGAAGAAAUUGGAUUCUAUAUACAUCAGAUGUAGAUGCGAACCAUCUGUUUUGAAACUUGUACAUACCGUAAUAAUAAUUCUUUUUGUGUAACUGA